AUGAAAACAGCAUCAUCAUUAGGAAUGAUGUCUUCAAUGAACAGUAAUAAUAAUUCUUCAAUGAAUAAUGACAAUCGUAUAAAAUUUAUCGAUAUGCUGGUAUGUGGUUCAUGUCAACAAGAUUUUCAAUUGUCGGAUAUCGUUAAAUUUAUUGAACAUAAAGCGAUAUGUGGUAAUAAAGAAAAUAAACGAAAAAUUCCUUAUUUUUUAUCACAACGACGACAAAGAAAAGGUGACAAUGAUGACGAUGAUGAUUAUGAUGGUAAUGAUGGUGAUGAUGAUGAUGAUAAUGACGAUGAUGAUGACGAAGAUAAAAGUCAACAAAGUACUAAUUCAAGUGGAAACGAAAAUGAACAUAAUAUUCAUCAUCAACAAUUAUCAAAAAAACAAUCAAAAUUUUCCAAAGUACUUGUUGAUGCUGGAGCCAAUACAUUGAACAAUACAAAUGAACCUUAUAAUUUUGAAUGUAGUCAAUGUGGCGAUGUGUAUAGUACAGCUUGGUAUCUCAUUCAACAUUAUCAACGUAUGCAUGGUAUAAAAAUGUAUAGUACAUGUCUAAAUGAAAACCCUUCAGUUAAUAAUAAUAAUAAUAAUAAUAAUAAUAAUAAUAAUUCAAUAGCAUCAAUGAAUACGAGUUCAUUAUCAAAUGAUUCUUCAAUGCUUAAUAUUGAUCUUAGUUUACUCGAAGCUGCACUUAAAAAUGUUACAUCAUCCAAUCGAUCACUCACACCAUCAACAACAUUCGCCUCUAAUAAAUUGAUUGCAGCAGCUAAUGCGACUCGAUCUGCACAGAAACAACAACAACAACAACAGUCACAUUCGUUACGAACGACAACAGAUAGUAGUUGUCUCUCCGCAGGUGCCCAUUCGAAGGUUAAUAUACCAUUAUCAACAUUUAAUUCAUCAUAUCCAAGUUUAUUACAAGAAGUUGCUCAUCGAUCGAAUUCAAUCACUAAAUUACUUAAUGAAGGAGCUAAACAACAAUUAUCUAAAACAUCUGAAAAAAAUAAAACUAAUAAUGACACAAUAUCGUUAACAGAUACACAAUUUCUGACACCAAAAGCAAUUGAUAUUACUAGAUCUCGAAUCGAAAAUGAUUCCAAUAAUAAUGUACAUAGUCAUGAAGAUACAAAUCAUAAUACACGACGUCGAAAAAGACGUCGACAAACAGAUUCAGGUCAUAGUGAUGAAUAUGAACAAAAACGAGCAAUUCCAUCAACAAAUAUUCCUUCACGUCGUUUAUCAGCAUCAUCAACACUUUCAGUUUGUUUAUCAUCAUCUGAAGAUGAACCAGGAGUAUCGACAUAUCAACAAGAAAUAAAUAAAAAUAAAACCAAUAUAAAUGAAACAUCCAUACAACAAGCAUCAUCUCAGUCACAACGAAAACGUCAUCAACGUAAACCAACUCGAUUAUCAAAUGGUAGAAAACAACAAUCAGAACAACAAGAACAAUUAAAUAUUUCAGUUAAAAAUGAACCACCAACUACAGAUGAUAAUCGAUCAAUGAUGAGAAAAAAAUCUGAAUUACUUGUUACAAAUCGUGGAAAUUCUUCCAAUGAAAAUUAUCAAUGGCUGCAUCAAGCAUUUCGAUCAAUUGUGCCAUCAACUGAUGUCGACUCAUCAAUACAACAAAAUUCGACUUCACCACAAUCAAAUUCAAUAAUUGACAGUGGUACUGGUUUAAUUUCAACACGUUCAUCUCCAUCAUUAACAAGUACAUCACCAUGUUCUACAUCCGUACUUAACUUAUCAACAACAGGCGGUAAUACUACUACUACUAAUAAUAAUAAUACCGGUGACCAAAUUAUUAUUGAUCAUUCUCAAUCAUCACUUCAUGGGAAAACUUCUCAUCAAUCAAGAGCAAUAAAUCAAACAAAUAUAAAUGGUGGUCAUGUAUCUAGUCCUAAUUCUCAACGACUAAUAAAACGUGAUCGACGAAAUGAUACAUGUGAAUUUUGUGGAAAAGUUUUUAAAAAUUGUUCAAAUUUAACUGUUCAUCGGCGAAGUCAUACAGGUGAAAAGCCAUAUAAAUGUGAAUUAUGUGCAUAUGCGUGUGCUCAAUCAUCAAAAUUAACACGUCAUAUGAAAACUCAUGGUCGUGAUGGUAAUGAAGCAUUUCAUUGUCGUUAUUGUUCAAUGCCGUUUUCGGUUGCAAGUACAUUAGAAAAACAUAUGCGUCGUUGUGAACGUAAUCCACAAAUUCUCGCUGUAUUUAAACAACAACAACAGAUAAAUUCAACAGGUUCAAAUAGAAGAUCAACAAAUGAUAUUAAAAAUGAAUAUUCAAUUGAUGAUAAUGAUGAAAUGAUUGCUAAUGAUUAUUCAUCAUUUGCUGAAAUAAUUGAUGAGCAAAAUGAUCUAGGUUUAGAAGAAGAUGAUGAUGAAAUAGAUCUUAAUGAAGAAAGUGAACAUGCAUUAAACGAGCAAACUUGA